AGAUUCUUAUGAAACAAAUGCAUGUCUAAUGUUUCAGGCUUAAUAUUAGGUUAUGUAACGACUUUUUAUGAGCGUAAUCACGGAGAUGUUUUAAUAUAACUGUAAUUUCGCCUCGCCUGCGUUCUAGAGCAGUGAUUCAAGACCACACAACUUCAUAUGGAAGACAGACGCAACCAGCGGAAACGCGCAACAUCCACGGAACCACCCUCGCACGCCCACUCUCUACGCCCACAUGCUUUGACAGAUCUGUGUGUACCUUACCCGAUUCCCGUGAAACGUUUGACAUGGGUUGUUCAAAGAAACGUCCUCACAGUUGUUUGGUUUGUCAAACAAUUUCACGCUUCCGAAAGCAAAGCGCGUUGUAUUUCUAUAACAAACGAUGCCGUAAAGUCUCCACUGAACGGUACCUUUAAGACGGUAGGCGGGGCUUGCAGGCUGACGUAGACGCUAAUAUAAAUAGUUUCCAGCUCGCGCAGCUUUCCAUGAUGAAAGCGGCAAGUUGCGCGGCAGAAUCAUCUCUCACACGUGUUUGUUUGAUUUUGUGAGCGAUACGCUGGGAUUACUCGCAGCACUCGACCCUUGUACACUGGAUAUAAGAAGACGCAAGAAACGGACCUCUUAAGAAUUACUUCACUAAUACUAUAAUAGUGGAGCAUAUAAGACCUGUUUUGCUUACUGAUGGGAAGAUUAUGAGUUCUGCUGAUUUGAGAACUAUCCUCCACUCUCUUCAACGGUAUGGCCUCUGCCCAACCACACUGGGAUCAACACCAUGACACCAUGGACAGACUGUGUUUUGAGUCCAUGGAUCACAGCUUGAGAAUGUAUCAGCAAGGCUCUACAGCCGUUGGCUUCGAAAGAAGGAUGUCUGGCUCGUGCUCUCCUCCGUGUUUGUCUCCCAAGACAUCAAAUCCUACACAGCUCUUGUUUUCCUCCCAGUGCCACCCACCUGCGGGAGACCAGGUUGUUCCAUCAUUACAGAAACUUUCUGUAUAUGAGCACAUACCCCCUUGUUCACCCAGGAGAAACACCAAGCCCCUCCCUCCUCUCCCAGACAUGGACGACCUGUCCACUGAUGAAGCAGACGACAGCGAGGUAGAGUUUUUCUCCAGCACCUCUGAAAACCAGUGUCUGGUGCCCACGCGCUACUCUAAAACCUCAUCCUUCCAGUACGGCUUCCUGGGCAGGCGAAGUUUCCGGGGAAGCGGUCAGGUUAACUUUGCUUAUUAUGAAGGGAUACAAGAACAUCAGAAAUUGGAGCAGAUAGUAACGGAAGACCGAGACAGACCGCAUGAAAGACCUCCAUGCAGGCUACACCGCUCCCAUUCUGGACCUGCUAGAUCCUUUAAGGCUGCCAACUUCAGGCACCACACGCCCCACAACCACCCACAUGAGAAACCCGAAGUCCCGCCUCGCAUUCCGAUCCGUCCUCGCCCUGGGGAGCGCAAGGGUGGCGGACAACCAUCAGCUGAUGACGAUGAUGUAGACAAACCCCCUGAAGUUCCACCCAGGGAGCCCAUCCCUCAAGUCAUACCACGUGCCAUCAGUCCAAAAAGUCUCCCCAUAUAUGUCAAUGGUGUAAUGCCUCCGACUCAGAGCUUCGCUCCCUAUCCCGAGUACGUCAGCAAGGCUCAACAAAAGCCGAGCUGUGAGGGUCUGACAGCUCCCCGUACCCCCUGUAUACUGCCUAUCAUUGAGGAUGGGAAAAAAGUUAGCAAUACCCAUUACUUCCUCCUUCCCCAUCGGCCCGGAUACUUGGACAAGUUUGAAAGGUUUUUCAAAGAGUCCGACUCUGCUCAUAAUGGAUACAAGCCAAAGUGGAACAGUUAGAAUUGAAAUAUAUAGAAGGAUAUAGAAGCUAGAUCCUAAUAUUGUUGGACUUUUGAAUUAAUUCUUGCAGUGUUUCACUUAACUGGCCUUUUUGGCGAUUAAACAGUGUGUUCUUGGACUCGACAUACACACACACAGACAACAUACAAAGGAUUGAUAGUUUACCACUGCUGGAAACUGCAGGGCAGCUCUGUUGGAAGUGUCAUUUAUGGACGAUUUGUCACUUUGUGUGUGUGUGUUUUGUAUUACAUUUGAGUGUGCAGUAUCCAUUUAUGAAGGAAUGGGAUACUCCGUUACACUCUUAAUACUGUUGGGUACCCUGAGUAUAAGCUGGUCUUAUUGUGAAUUAAAAAGCUGUCCCUAUUAAGACUAUGCACACAAAUUACAUUAUUCUUGAAAAAGUUGGAGCAAUAGCAUUGAUCUGAAACAUUAAAAAAGCGCACUAGACAAGAUUGGAUAGUUUUAGAUUUUUAGACAUUUUCAGUGAGGUUUGUUAAUCACAUCUUUUCUUUGAUAUCUUUGUGCUUUGCUGCUUUUUUUGACCACUCAGAUGUGACAAAAUGUCGUUUUAAUUGAACAGAAGCGCUACUUUGUUUGCUAAGAGCAAGACAAUUUUCAUUAGUUGCGUCUGUUACACGGGCAGUACAGCCACUACUCCAUCUGGAGUCCAGAACACUGGACAUAAAUGAGUUGACGAAUGGUAUUUUACUGUAUUUUUAUACUUGUUUACCAUGAAGUUGUUUUACUGAAGAAGAGAUUAUGAAAGGAGGUUAGAAAGGCCAUGCUGUUCCUGACCUUGUGUUUUUUUGUUUCUCACCAAAUGUCCUUUUUUGUCUUUUGACCUUUUUAGGAUCUUACAAUUAUCAAACCAAUAACUGUUUACAUUUUAUUAUUAUUAUUAUUAUUAUUGUCCAACAGAUUUACAUUUGUUUUCUGUGAUGCUUAUUGUUAACUGACCUUUGUCUCGAACACAGAGGAAACAUUUCUAAAAUGUACAUUAUUGGUGUAGUUUUUCACACCAUCAAUCUAUUUAAAUAAAUAAAGUAACUUAUUUAUACAUACAUUGUUUCCUUCUAAGGCACAGUGAAUAUACAUGUGCAGUGUAGUUUUGUGAUCAUGGCAAGCGUUCAAAAAAGGGCAAUUGUAUGAAAUUUAGCAGCAUCUAGCGGUGAGGUUGCAACCAACGGCUUCAGGGGCCGAUUAAGGGGCCCCUAGGCUGCUCUUUGGGUGAGGCCCCCCUUAGGUGGCUUUCAGGUGCCUUUCACGCUUGCAGUUUAGUUCGGAACGGGGCACGGUUUGCAUGAAAAAUCGCAAAUGUAAAAGCUGUAAAGUUGUGCUUUAGUUGAUAACAAUGCAUUUACUUCAAUAAAACACAUGUAAGAGAUGAUACAAUGGAAAUUUACCUUAGAUUUGAGCAAGAGUGAGCCUGCAUUGUUUUGCAAGUGGAAUCAGAGCGCCGGCACAUGAAUGGUAAAACGAUGUUUCCAGAUUUAAAGGGGUCAUAUGGUGCGAAUACGUGUUUUUCUGUGACUUUGGUGUGUUAUAAGUUGCCCAUGCAUGUAUUAGACACGUAAAAAUGUAAGUGUCGAAACAAAAGAUGCAUUCUAUUUAAAAGCGAAUGCUCACCCAGACCUGCCUGAAACGCCUCGUGUAACCACACCCCCACAAAUCUACGUCAGUUCGUGGUAUGAUUUGACUAAGACCGCCCAAAUGUAUACGCAAGUAAGGUGGGCGUACCUGUCAGUACAAUUGCUUUGGAACCUGAUGUUCCAAAUAUGGUAAGAGGCGUUACAUUUCCGUCACACGCUUGCAGUAUUUGACCAAUCACUACGCACUGGUUAACUGGCCAAUCAUAGCACACCUCGCUUUUCAGAGCGAUGAGCUUUGUAAAAAAUUUGCGCGUUUCAGAGAGGCGGGGCAAAGAGAAGAUACAAACAUCAGAAUCAGAAUCAGAAGAGCUUUAUUGCCAAGUGUGCUUGCACACACAAGGAAUUUUCUUUGGUGUUGGAAGCUUCUAGUACAGACAUUCAACACAAUGACAAUACAAUAUAAUACGAUUUACAGUCUAAAAGAUUCUAAAUUGUGCAUAUAUCAAAUAAAGACUAUUUUACAGAAAAUGGGGGAUGGUAUGCAUGGUAUGUGGAAAAGACAGCGUUUUUUAACCUUAAAUCGUGUAUACACAUUGCAUUACAUCUAAAACAAACGAUCAUCGUUUUAGCCGUGUCAUAUGACCCCUUUAAAAACAGUCCUGAUAGUCUGUUUGCAAGCAGCAGAAAGCUCUGUAAGCGAACAUACAGUAAGACCAAGUGUUGUUUACUCUGCACUGCGCAUAAUA